ACAGUAUUCUGCGUGUGCGCGCAUCCGCGUCCGCGCGUGUGUGCUCGUGUUCUUGAAUGUCGGAUAGUGGCUGGAGGAGGAAAAGCGUGUUUACACAGACGGGCCGAGCGCCUGGGGAAUAGCGCACGGCGAGAGGAAGUGAGCCGGCUCGCUGUCUGCCUGCACCAACUUCCUGCUCAGAGAGAGAGAGAGAGAAAAAGAGAGAGAGAAAACAGUCGGGAUCCCAUUACAGUCCGACUGAGAGCUGCCGAGACGGCCGACAGCAUGGAAAAACAGCGCAUUAUACGGAAUUCUUUUUAAUAAAGUGAAAAAGGACCACAAAAAGCCCGACCAUUACGCACAGAUAUGGAGAGUGCCAUCACGCUGUGGCAGUUUCUGCUGCAGCUACUGCUGGACCAGAGCCAUAAGCACCUGAUUUGCUGGACGUCCAAUGACGGCGAGUUCAAGCUGCUCAAAUCGGAAGAAGUCGCCAAACUUUGGGGCCUACGCAAAAACAAGACCAACAUGAACUACGACAAACUUAGCCGAGCACUACGCUACUACUAUGACAAGAAUAUCAUAAAGAAGGUGAUUGGUCAGAAGUUUGUGUAUAAGUUCGUCUCAUUCCCUGAUAUUCUGAAGAUGGAUCCCCAAGCAGUGGAGCUCGGUCGGGACGGGGGUCACGUCGCUGGGGGCGUCAUGUUACAGGAGGUGGAGUCUGACGGUGAGGGGGAGGAGUCUCCGAAGCUGUCGCUGUCAUCGCUGAGAAGUCCCGUCUGUAGGAACGAGUAUCUUCACUCUGGUCUGUACUCGUCCUUCACAGUCAGUUCCCUCCAAAGCCCGCCGCUACUGCGUCCAAUCAAAACCGAGAAGCAGCGAGGUGGCGAACGAGAGGAGGAGGGACAAACAGUGAUUCGGUUUGUCACUAACCGAUCAGAGAAGGUCGUUCCCCUCACAUCCUCCCCGCCACCUGCAUCCGCAGAUGUUUUCUUCACUUCGAAAUCCUCCCCCUGCUCGUCCCGCAGCCCCUCCCCCACUCAUAGCCCCGUCUAUAUGUUGCGGCAGGGGCGGAGCCCGGAGGCUCGCAUAGACGAAUCAGAGCAGAUCGCUCAGCCUCUAAAUUUAUCAUCCGGCCACAGGGAGCGAGCCCAGAAUCAGGCCACGCCUCCCGAGAGGAGGACCGGUAACAACGGACUGCCUCCCAAAGCUCGGAAACCCAAAGGGCUGGAAAUCUCCGCCCCUUCCAUUUUGCUUUCAGGAAGUGACUUGGGCUCCAUCGCCCUCAACAGCCCAGCACUGCCCUCAGGGUCCCUUACGCCAGCCUUUUUCACUGCACAGACUCCCUCUGGAUUGCUGUUGACGCCCAGUCCUCUCCUGUCCUCCAUUCAUUUCUGGAGCAGCCUGAGUCCCGUAGCCCCUCUCAGCCCCGCCAGGCUACAAGGCCACAGUUCACUCUUUCAGUUCCCCACCCUGUUGAACGGGCCGCUCCCGGUACCCCUCCCCAACCUGGACUCCUCCUCCCUCCUCCUGUCCUCCAGCGCUCAGAAAUCCUGAUUUCUGGACAGUUCAUAUAUCCACCCCCCAGAGUUAAACCUUUACUCUUACACUAAGGAGGAAUUAUGGACCUUCGUGUCAUUUUUUGAGCCAGACUGCACUUCACCCUCUUGUGGCCACCUUCACCUAUAGCACCCUCUUCAGUUCUGUUGAGUUUUGGACCAGCAAACUUUGUGUUUUCUUUUUCAACUCAGGCUGCAAUCCAACAAGCUCACCAAAUUCCUCCGCAAGCUUUUAAAAUAGGGAAUUAUUAUGAGGUAAUGCCAAAGAACAUGAAGUGUCCUUUUGAGAAGAUGGUGAGUCAUUGGAAAUGGAGCCUUAGAGAAUCUGUAGUCUCAUUUUAUUGGAGAACAUGUUCAAGACUGACCUUUUUGGCAGGUUAUUUUGCAGUCUCUUCGACAGUUUCAAAUCGAGACAAACGAUGCUGGACGACAUGAAACGCGUUCAAACCAGCGUAGACUUUCUGUUCCUCCUCAAAACAUGAUGCUUUCCAACAGUUCUCCAUUCCCAAGGUGCUUCAACUGGAAAGAUCUCCCCGUUUUGUCGACCAGUUCAGACUUCGAAGAAACAUUUAAACCAUAUUAAAGGAAUCUCGUUUGCAUUUAAGUCUCUUUUUUUAUUUUUUUUUCUGAGGCUGUGAACCGGGUUUCUGUUUGUCUGAUAUUGUAUAAUAUUGCGUUAUAUGCACUGUGCUUUAAAUGUACUACCGGCUGUGCCUUUUGUGUAAGAAUUGUGUAUUUGUAUUAUUUUCCUGCUUAAAUACAUUUUGUAAUAGACGAAAUUCCAUUUCAAUAUUGGAAAGAAAAGCUUUGUAAUAGCUUCCGGUUAUUUUUUUCAUUAAUGAAUUGAUUAAAAAGUGUAUUCUCGUAUUGAUUUUAUAUUUUUUUGCUUUUCAAGAGUCAAGAAAAUGUGCCUUGUGUUUUAUAAAUAAAAUCAAGCAUUGAAUGCGA